AUGAUAUUUGAUCAAAUUGCUCGAAAUGACAUUUAUCUUCAAAACAAAAUUGGUAAUGGUGGUUUUGGUAAAAAAUCAUCUCUAGGUGUGGUUUACAAAGCGUUAUGGUUAUCAAAAAAUUCUACCGUUGCAUGUAAAUGUAUUGAUAUAAGUUUAAAGGAGAACUCCAAUUCUAAAUCAACAAUAGAUAUGUUCCUUGGAGAAGUAGCAGGCUAUGCGUUAUGCAGGGGCCCAUUUAUUUUACAUAUACAUGGUUGGUCUGCUGAAAAACUACCACCAGAUCACUUGCGCCUUUUAAUUAUUAUGGAAUAUAUGCAAAAAGGGAGUUUAACAAAACUUUUACAACAAGAAUAUAAUCAAUUAACAAACAGAAGAAAAGUAUUAAUUGCUUGUGAUAUAGUAUCAGGUAUGCAUCGCAUUCAUCAGCACGGUGUGAUUCAUCGCGACAUACGUCCGGACAAUAUUUUAAUUGACAAUUGUUAUAGAGCUAAAAUAGGUGAUAUGGGUAUAUCCCAAUCAUAUUAUCCUCAGUUUGGCUUCAACAAUUCACCAAUGGGCUGCAUACGUUAUAUGCCACCUGAAUUUUAUUGGAAUACAUAUAAUCAAACACUGGACGUAUUUACAUUUGGUUUAACAUUAAAUCAUUUAUUUACAGGUACAGAUCAUAAUUUUGAUCCAAAUACAAAAACAACUAUAUUAACAAAAAUAAGUCCUCUAUUUCCAAACUUAAUUCGUUAUUGUUUAAAUCCAAAUCCAAACUAUCGUCCUUCAGCACAACAAAUAGAAUAUAUAUUGUAUGGGUUUCGUUCAUAUUUAGAAUGGAGAAUACAGUUCAAUUAUCAAUAUCAUCAUUUAUCCAAAGAACAAAAAGAUUUCUUUUGUUCUUUAGUAUAUAGAGAAAGAUAUUUUGAUACUAACUAUUAA